GGCAAAGGCGAUUGACAAAUGAAAGUUCUACGACCCAAAGGACCCAUGGAUCCCAAUGUAUUUGCUUCAAAUUAAAAAAUAUAUACAUAUAUAUUAAAGGGCAGCGUUUAUACAUUAAAUGUAAAUAUAUGGUUCUGACAUUGCUUGAGUUUAUUUACCACCCAUAAGCACCUUUCGGUCGUAGAACUGCUGCCAUUUGGUAAUUGCCAUUUGCUGUUGGAACCUUUUAAUGAAAUAUACAAGAGACAGAUAGGUGUACUAGAGACAGAUUGGUGUACAAGAGACAGAUAGGUGUACAGAGAGCAGAACAUACCUAUGUUAGGCACUGUUUGAAGGAACCGGAAUCUCUUCAGAAGAACGCCAAAACAUCUGGAAUGUAGUACAAAUGCUAUUCAUUUACCGUCAUCAAUAUUGUACAAGUGCUAUUCAUUUACCGUCAUGAAUAUUGUUACACAGGAGCUUGACCAGUCAGCAAUGGACAUCGUCGACUUUUCUCCAGUCUACAGGUGUCAUCAUAUCUACACUGUUGUGGGCGAGCGGGAGACAUUUGAGGCUUACUACCGAAAGCAGAGGCGAAAGCAGGCAAGACUGGCCUUACAGCCCAACCAUGGCACCAUGGAUGAGUCUUUAGAAGCAUACCGAGCUUACUUUCACCAGAUUGUUGGGUUUUUUUGUUGUGGAGGACACCAUUUGGCACACAACAAAAGGUUUAGUGACAAGAGCCACAGUGGAUGAUCUUUGGGAAAUGGCAUCUUCAAAAAUUGCUGCAGUGCUGCGAACACAAUCUGCCUACUGUAAGGAGGCCUCCCUUCUUCUGCAAGUCAAGGAGCUGAUUGUAUGGUUUUGCCACACUCUUUCAGGUUAUGGUCUAAAUGUAAAUCCCAUCUACGAUGUCCUCUUAGAAAUGAGAAAUCAGUACAAUGAGACAUUGAGCAAGGAUUGGGAGAGUGUUUUCAAAAAGAUUCUUGAAGAAGACAAUUAUACACCCAUCCACUGUGAUGAUAAAGAUGUGUACUAUCGAAUACUUGCAGAUUUUCCACACGCUGAUGAGAAAUUAAGAGAGGGGUUCUCAAGGGUUCUUCCGUUCUCUGAAUGUGCUGUAAAGCUGUACAAGGAGUUCAAGACAUUCAUCAGUGCAUGCCUGCGAUUUAAUGAGCACCUCAAUGUCAGUCAAACAGAGAUAGGGGAUUCAGUGCGGAAAUCAACAAAUCUUCUUCUUACAAGGACCCUUAAUGGUAAAUAUCUUUCUCACAGCAACAAGGGAUUAGAGAUGGGACCACAAAGCACUGUUGGAAAGCUUGGAUACUGCUGA